CCGGGCAGCUGAUUUACAAUGCAGAUGGUUACCUGGCCGCCCCCUCGACGUUGCCCACCUGCCACUAUAAGGAGAACUUGACUUCCGGACUGGGCAGCAUAGGGCGGGCAGUGCAGUGUGUGCCAGCCCGGACGCCUCCUCCUACCCGCCCUCUGCUCCCCCUGGCUCAGCCUCCUGGCACCUCUCUUGCCCGCCUGCCCGCCGGCUUGUCCUGGGCCCCCGCCCUCUCUUCCCUUGCCUCUCCCGGCCCAGCCCGGGGUCCCCGAGCCCGCAUGUCUCUCCUCAGCCCCAUCCUGCUGCCCCUCGAGGUGAAGAGCUACCUGAGCCGGGGGGAGCGAUUCAUCAAGUGGGACGAUGACACGACAGUGGCAUCUCCUGUGAUCCUGCGUGUGGACCCAAAGGGCUUCUACCUGUACUGGACCUACCAGAGCAAGGAGAUGGAGAUCUUGGACAUUACCAGUAUCCGCGACACGCGCUUCGGAAAGUUUGCUAAGAUGCCCAAGAGCCAGAAGCUACGGGAGGUUUUCAACUUGGAUUUUCCAGACAACACCUUCCUGUUGAAGGCUCUGACUGUGGUGUCCGGCCCCGACAUGGUUGACCUGACCUUCCACAAUUUUGUCUCCUACAAAGAGAACGUCGGCCAGAACUGGGCCAAGGACGUCCUGGCUCUGGCCAAGGACCCACUGACAGCCAAUGCCUCCCGCAGUACCUUCCUGGAGAAGAUUCUGGUGAAACUGAAGAUGCAGCUCAACCCAGAGGGGAAGAUUCCAGUGAAAAACUUCUUCCAGAUGUUCCCAGCAGACCGGAAACGGGUAGAGGCUGCCCUCAGUGCCUGUCAUCUCGCCAAGGGCAAGAACGACUCCAUCAACCCCGAGGAUUUUCCGGAGCCCGUGUACCGAAGCUUCCUCAUGAGCCUGUGUCCCCGGCCAGAGAUCGAUGAAAUCUUCACCUCCUACCACGCCAAGGCCAAGCCCUACAUGACCAAGGACCACCUGACUAAGUUCAUCAACAAGAAGCAGCGACACUCGGGGCUCAACUCCAUCCUGUUCCCGCCAGCCAGGCCCGAGCAGGUGCAGGGCCUCAUUGACAAGUACGAGCCCAGCGGCCUCAAUAUCCAGCGGGGUCAACUGUCCCCCGAGGGGAUGGUGUGGUUUCUGUGUGGUCCUGAGAACAGCGUGGUGGACCAGGGCAAGCUGCUUCUUCACCAGGACAUGAGCCAGCCCCUCAACCACUAUUUCAUCAACUCCUCCCACAACACCUACCUGACAGCGGGUCAGUUCUCGGGGAUCUCGUCCCCCGAGAUGUACCGCCAGGUGUUACUCUCCGGCUGUCGUUGCGUGGAACUCGACUGCUGGAAGGGGAAGCCCCCUGAUGAAGAACCCAUCAUCACCCAUGGCUUCACCAUGACCACCGAGAUCCCCUUCCGGGAUGCAAUUGAGGCCAUCGCUGAGAGCGCCUUCAAGACUUCCCUCUACCCAGUUAUCCUGUCCUUCGAGAACCACGUGGACUCCCCUCGCCAGCAGGCCAAGAUGGCCGAAUACUGCCGCACCAUGUUUGGGGACAUGCUGGUCACCGAGCCACUGGACAAAUUCCCUCUGAAGCCAGGGGUCCCCCUGCCCAGCCCCCAGGAUCUCCUGGGGAAGAUCCUCAUCAAGAACAAGAAGAACCAGUUCUCUGCCAGCCCUCCUCCCCCCGAGGAGGAGGACUCCAGUGGGGAACUUGUGGCCAGCAGUGGCAACCCAAGGGUCCAGGGAGGGGACACUGUGCGGGCCAGUGAGGAAGAGGCCGAGGAGGUGGAGGAGGAAGAGGAGGAGGAGUCUGGGAGCUUGGACGAAGAGGAGAUGAAGAAGAUGCAGUCGGAUGAGGGCACUGCCGGCCUCGAAGUGACCGCCUACAAAGAGAUGUCCAGCCUGGUCAACUACAUCCAACCCACAAAGUUCAUCUCCUUUGAAUUAUCUGCCCAGAAGAACCGCAGUUACGUCAUCUCCUCCUUCACCGAGAUGAAGGCCUACGAUUUACUCACCAAGGCCCCUGUGCAGUUCGUAGAUUACAACAAGCGCCAGAUGAGCCGGGUCUACCCCAAGGGUACCCGCAUGGACUCGUCCAACUACCUGCCCCAGAUGUUCUGGAAUGCCGGCUGCCAGAUGGUCGCCCUCAACUUCCAGACCCCCGACUUGCCCAUGCAGCAGAACAUGGCUCUGUUCGAGUUCAACGGCCAGAGUGGCUACCUCCUCAAGCAUGAAUUCAUGCGCCGGCCGGACAAGCAGUUUGACCCCUUCUCCGUGGACCGCAUCGACGUGGUGGUCGCCAGCACCCUCUCCAUCACGGUGAUCUCGGGACAGUUCCUGUCGGAGCGCAGCGUCCGCACCUACGUGGAGGUGGAACUGUUUGGGCUGCCCGGGGACCCUAAGAGGCGCUACCGCACCAAAUUGACGCCCAGCGCCAACUCCAUCAACCCCGUCUGGAAGGAGGAACCCUUUGUCUUCGAGAAGAUCCUGAUGCCCGAGUUGGCUUCCCUGCGGGUGGCAGUGCUGGAAGAGGGCGGCAAGUUCAUCGGUCAUCGCAUCAUCCCGGUCAGCGCUGUGCACUCCGGGUACCACCACCUGUGCCUGCGCAGCGAGAGCAACGUGCCUCUCACCAUGCCCGCCCUCUUCAUCUUCCUGGAAAUGAAGGACUACGUGCCUGACACCUGGGCAGACCUGACCGUCGCCCUCGCUAACCCCAUCAAGUUCUUCAGUGCCCACGACAAGAAGUUGGUGAAGCUGAAGGAGGCGGGGGAUACCCCUCCUGAGCCCUUCCAGCUUCGGACGUCGGCCCCGGCUCAGGCCAAUGGUGCAUCGACCUCCACGGGCUCUUCCACGGCUCCCUCUUCCAAUGGGCCCGCAGCCACUCUGGUCUGGGCCAAGGAAGAAGCACCUAGAGAAGCUGCGGAGCCGCAGACGGCCAGCCUGGAGGAGCUGCAGCAGCUGAAGAGCUUCGUGAAGCUGCUGAAGCGGCAGGAGAAGGAGCUGAGGGAGGCGGAGCGACGGGGCGAGCGGCGGCGGGAGGAGACGCUCAGCAAGUUCGCCACCCUGCUGGCCGAGCUGAACGUCCAGGGCGGGGGCAAGAAGCUUUCCUGCGGCAAGAGCACCCGCAAGAAGAGAAGUCUACCCUGGGAGGAGAGCGGCGGGACCUGGCCGGGUGAGGGGUCCGACGACAGCGACGGCCACGUGCGGGAGCAGCUGAGGGAGAAGCUGGAGACGGAAUUGCUCCAGCAUGGAGAGGAGCACUACCGGGGCUUGCUGAAACGCAAGGAGCAGCACAUUAGCGAGCAAAUGGCCAAGGUGACCGAGUUAGCCCGGGAGAGACACACGGCCGAGCUGAAGGCCCUGAAGGAGUCGGCGGAGAGUGACACCAAGGAGAUGAAGAAGAAGCUGGAGGCCAAGAGACUGGAGCGGGUCCAGGCCAUGAGCAAGAGUGCCAGCGACAAGAUGGCCCAGGAGCGGCUGAAGAGAGAAAUCAACAACUCCCAUAUCCAGGAAGUGGUUCACAUCAUCAAACAGAUUACCGACACCGUGGUGAGGCACCAGGAGAAGCUGGAGGAGAAGCAACUGGCCUGCCUGGAGCAGAUCCGGGAGAAGGAGAAAUGGGUUCAGAAGGAGGCGUUAUCUGAGUACGAGGAGCGGAUGAAGGGGCUGGGGGACGAGGUGCAGGACGCCAUCAGGGCCUGCCUGGGGGGCUGCCUCCGCCCCACAGCCCAGCCCAGGAAGCCCGAGGCCCUCGACCCUCCAGGGGAUGCCCCUCCCCGGACCCAGCCCCACCAGAAAGAGGAUCUGCCCUCCGCCCUGGAAAGUGGGGACACCCAGCUCUGACUCUGCCCUCCCCCAGCUCUUUUCAGAGACAGAGAGAGCAGGGCUAAUUACCUCCAGGCCUGCAGGGAGAGGGAGCUCAGCUCCCCCAGCAGGAACAUCCAUCACUCAGACCACCCUCCCCCUGCCCCUGCCCCCUGGGAGAUGGAGAUGAGGGAGAAGAGCAGGCUCCCUGGAGCUCAGGCCUCCAAACUUAGUGGGGUGAGGGCCUCCAGGCUCUGCAUUGGGGAAAUAUCGAGGGCAAGAGGCAGUGGAAGUGACAUUUCCACCCACCUCAAUCCAGAUAAGUCUCCCUGGAAAGCUGUUCCUCUCCGGGAUCUCCAACGGGCUCCCCUCCUACCACCCCUGCCUGGAAAUUACACCCUGCCCUCCGGGUGUUGCCCCCAGUUGUCCCCAUCCUCAAUGGUCCUGUUAGGGGUCCAGGGGAGGGGGACGAGCACCAGCUAUGUCUGUCCAGGGGUCUGAUGGGCUGAUGCAGACCAGGAUCCUUAGCGCCUGAUCUAAUUCUACCUAGGCUCACAGCUGGGGGUGGGAAGAGGCGAUGGAGCAGGGGCUAGCCCUGGCAGAGCUCUGUCUGAAUGUCGUUGGCUUAUUUAUUUUCCUCUUUCUUAAACAAUUAAAAGA